AUGGCAGAGGCUGCGGUGGAGUUUGCUAUAAAAACCUUGGGUUCCCUUCUUGUCCAGGAAGUCAAGUUGCUCGGAAGUGCAAAAAAAGAAGUUGAAAGUAUCAAAAGUGAAUUGGAAAGCAUGAGGUCUUGCCUCACGAAUGCAGAUGCAACAGCAGCAGCCGAAGAAGAAGGAGAAGGCGAUGAAUGUGUUAAAACAUGGGUAAAACAACUACGAGAAGAAGCUUAUAACAUUGAAGAUGUCCUGGAUGAGUACAUUUUGAAGAAGGCACAACUUCCUUAUGGCAGUGGCUUUUUUGGUGUUCUCCGUAAAAUAAGUCGUUUCAUAAAGAAACUGAAACUACGCCACGAAGUUGCAACUGCAAUCCAAGAUAUCAAAUCAUCGCUUGAUGAUAUCAAACGAAGAAGACAAAUCUACAACUUCAAAGAUGAAGGAUCAAGUAGUGGUACAGGAGCUAUUAUACCACAUGACUCUCGAGUUGGCUCAUUUUUCAUUGAAGACUCUGAGAUUGUGGGCAUUGAAUCUUCUAAACAUAAAUUGAUUGAUUUAUUGAUGAAUCAAAGAUCAAGUCUCUCAGUGAUUGCCAUGGUGGGUGAAGGAGGAUUAGGAAAGACCACUCUUGCCGCUAAGAUUUAUGAUAAUGAUGUUGUGAAGAAGCAUUUUGACUGUCAGGCAUUGAUCAUAGUUGAGAAAGAAUACAUGAAGAAGGAUCUAUUAAAGACAAUUAAACAGCAAUUUAACCGUCAAACAGGGUACGCUUCAGGGGAGAUAGAGGCUAUGGAAGAGACGAAUGAGAUGAAUCUGAUGACUGCACUAAGAAAGCUCUUGAAAGACAAGUGUUACAUGGUUUUGUUCGAUGACGUGUGGAACAUAGAAUUCUGGGAAGAUGUUAAGUAUGCUUUACUUGAUAACAACAGAGGUAGUAGGGUAAUGCUGACAACUCGAAACAUGACAGUUGCUCAUUCAAUUCCUUUUGUUAAUGUCCAUAUGCUUGAACCUUUGCCUUUAGAUAAGGCAUGGGAACUUUUUCGUAGAAAGGCAUUUGGCUUUAAUGUGUCUUGUCCGCCAGAGCUGGAGAAAUUGUCUCAUGAAAUCAUUGCAAAGUGUGGAGGUUUACCAUUAACAAUUGUAGCAGUGGGUGGUCUUCUGUCAAACAAAAACAAGGUUGUCUCUGAAUGGAAAAAGUUACUUGAUGGUUUAGGCUCAAGAUUAGGAAGCGAUCCCCAUUUAAGAAGUUGCAACAGAGUUCUAUCUGAAGGCUAUUAUGAUCUCCCUCACAACCUAAAGUCAUGCCUCUUGUACUUUGCCGUAUUUCCAGAAAGCUAUGAAAUUAAAUUUGGGAGAUUAAUUCGCCUAUGGAUAGGGGAGGGUUUUGUUCAACACAGGAAAAGCUUCCCAGUAGAACAAGUUGCAGAAGAUUACUUGAAAGAGCUCAUUGACUGA